CAGAACGUUUUUUGUCGAUAAAUCGCGGGCUUCCCUUUUCUUGCUGAAGGAUUUUACAAACUCAACUGCAUUUAAUUAGCGAUAUUGACUUAAAAGUAAUAUUUUUAACUAGGUCAUGUCUUGCAAUUAUGCCGACGGCUUAUCGGAUUACGCCAACAAAGGAAUUCUCGGGGUACCGGAGAUUUUCGACAGCGAAGAAACCAUCGACCAGAAGUGUGAACAACUGGCCAAAUGGAUUCAGGCAGCCAAAACAGUAGUCGUUCAUACCGGGGCCGGUAUAAGUACCAGUGCGGGAAUUCCGGAUUUCCGUGGUCCUAAUGGUGUGUGGACGUUGGAGAAGCGAGGGGAAAAACCGACUGUUAAUAUAGCAUUUGAUGAGGCUGUUCCCACUAAAACGCAUAUGGGCUUGAAAGCAUUGGUUCAGGCAGGUUUGGUAACGUACGUUGUAAGUCAGAAUAUCGACGGAUUGCAUUUGCGAUCCGGAUUGGAACGGAAAUACUUGGCCGAGCUGCAUGGAAACAUGUUUAUCGAACAAUGUCUCAAAUGUCGGCGACAGUUUGUUCGAAAUAAGCCGGCGCCAACGGUUGGCAAGAAGCUGACCGGGGAUGCUUGCCGGCGUUCUUGUCGGGGAGGAAAUCUCAUCGAUAACAUUUUGGAUUGGGAGCACGAUUUGCCAGAAUACGACUUGGAUUUGGCUUUCAUGCAUUCCACUAUGGCUGAUCUCAACAUUUGUCUGGGGACUACACUGCAGAUUGUCCCCAGUGGAAAUCUGCCCUUAAAGAACAAACGAUACGGAGGCAAGCUUGUAAUCUGCAAUCUUCAACCGACAAAACAUGACAAAAAAGCCGAUCUCGUAGUUUCGACCUAUGUGGACACCAUUAUCGAAAAAGUUGCCAAACGACUGGGUAUCGAAAUUCCCGAAUAUUCACCGGAGGUUGACCCCACCAAAACUGAACCAUGCACCCUGGAGUGGACAAUUCCCGGAGACUUGGUUAAACGGGUAGACAAACAGUAUUCCAAAGCGAUAAGGGACUUAGGGAAAAAGCGUUCCAAAGCGGGUUCCUACAGCCAGGAAGAGCUGGAGGAAUUUAAACGAAACUCAAAGAAAAUGAAAAAGGAAAACAUGUUGGACAAAUCGUCAGAAAUUGACACAAGUAUUAAAAAGGAAAAUUGAUAAAAGAUUUGCUUAUUUUUUUACAAACAUGAUAGAGAAUGUCUGCUAUACCAAAACUUUUCGAGAUUAUCGUUACAGCCAUAUGAAUAGGUACUUGAUAAUGAUGUCAAACGUUCAAUAAGUCGACACCGUAUUCACUGACAGGUGGACUAUCGAGGAAUCGGAAAGGUUGAGUUGCGAUAUUCGAUGCAUUCAGCGGUAUUCCUCAAUGUACCCCAUCUUUGAAUAAUUGUUGGAAUGAAUUUUUCUUUUUAAACAAUUUUUUUUAUACAAGGGCAGAUUAGUAUUCAUAUCGUAGUAUGGUUUCUAAUACUAAAUUUAAUACGCUAGAAACAGACCAAUGUCUAGGACGAUGGACCUUUAUAACGCAAACCUUGAAGAAAUUAGCCUAAAUAUGUCCAGAGAAUAAAUAAAACUUAGUAUUAGGCAAAUUUAAAAAUAGAUAAAAAAGUAAAAUUGGGCAAAAUCUU